CUCCAAUCUCUCUCCUAUAGCUGACCUUCCUCAAUCUCGCUCUCUCGUUAGAAAACCAGUGUCGUGGGUUUAGAGAAAGGGUUUUAGGAAAGACUUUAGCUCCAAAGCACAGAAAAUGGCUUUGACUCUGAGAGCAGCGGCGGCGGGGCCCACUCGUGGCUUGAGACGGCUCUUCUCAACAAGUUUCAUUCCCCCAAUGAACUCUCCGGCGCCUCAGGCUCGAGAGAAGGCUGAGCCAAGCACCAACCUCUUCGUCUCUGGACUUAGCAAACGUACUACUUCAGAAAAACUACAGGAAGCCUUUUCUCAGUUUGGUGAAGUAGUUCAUGCUAGAGUGGUAACCGAUCGGGUAUCAGGAUAUUCUAAAGGAUUUGGUUUUGUAAGGUAUGCUACCUUAGAAGAUGCUGGCAAAGGCAUAGACGGCAUGGAUGGAAAGUUUCUUGACGGUUGGGUCAUAUUUGCUGAAUACGCAAGACCCAGACAACCACCUCCACCGCCUGAGAACAAUAUGUCUCCACCAUAUAGCCGUUAUUAAAUUCUGCAUCCAAGGCAAGAAAGCUUGUCAAUUUAAUAAUAUUUGUCAGCAAGUGGAAUUCGGUGAUUAUACUUCAUCAUUCUUUGGUUAGAGGUUGGGUUGGUCUUCAUUGCCUGGGAUUUUCAAAAUGAGGUGGGGAUUAUCCUAAUUUGACAACCAAGCAAGAUUGGAAAUCAUAUGUAUUAGAAAUCGUCUGUGUUUAUGACAAUAGUGUGUAAGACUGUUUGCUUUUGUUAAGUUGUUGAGAACCUUGUACUGAUAAUAUAUUCGAGACCUCAUUUUCAACUUGAAUUGUGGUUGAUUGUGCUUAGGGGUAGUCUGUUUCUAUGUUUUCCUUUGAGCAAAUUAAUAGCUAAGGUUCGCCGCGUGCUUUGUAUUUUCAA